AUAGUUUGCUUUCUUUCAAUAAAAUAAUUUUCGAUUUACACAUUUAUCUCAGAUUCAUUCAAACGGAAACAAAACAAAUUAAAUAAUUAAGAAGUGUGCUUGACCUUUCUUGCACCACCAAACGAGAAAGAAGCAGCAGAAAAAAAAAAAAAAAAAAGACUUAUUGUCGAGGAACUUUCGAGGUACCGACGAAUUUGGAGUGUAAAAUUUUCUUCGUUUUUUCAAUUCCCAUUAAAUCAAAUCAAGUAUAAUCUCUAUCCGAUCAUCAGUAUUUUUGUGAAUCAAGAAUAAUUAAAACAUCAUCUUCAACUCGGAUGCGAGACUCUUCUAAGUUUGUCAUUUUUCUGCAACCUGCUCAAAUGUGUGUCGACUGACAUAACAUGAUCAGACGCUUCUAAAUUUACAAUGAAGCGUUAUGUGUACAUCAAUGACAAUGAUUUGUCUCAAGAUCUGUAUUGUGACAACCGCGUAUCAAAUAGAAAGUAUACCAUAUGGAAUUUCCUGCCUAAAAAUCUAUGGGAACAGUUCAGUCGUUUCAUGAACCAGUACUUUUUGCUGAUUGCAUGCCUCCAGCUAUGGUCACUUAUAACUCCGGUAAAUCCUGCAAGUACAUGGGGUCCCCUUAUUUUUAUCUUUUCAGUCUCAGCGACCAAAGAGGCCUGGGAUGACUACAAUAGAUACCAAUCUGACAAGAAAGCAAACGAGAAAGAUGUAUGGGUUGUAAAGCAAGGGAUAAAACAACAUGUUCAAGCACAAGACAUUUGUGUUGGUAACAUAGUGUGGCUUCGUGAGAACGAUGAAGUCCCAUGUGAUCUUGUUUUACUUGGUACUUCUGAUCCACAAGGCGUCUGCUAUAUUGAGACUGCUGCCUUAGAUGGGGAGACGGAUUUGAAGACAAGAGUUAUACCCUCUGCUUGCAUGGGUCUCGCAUCUGAACUAUUGCACAAAAUGAAGGGUGUCAUCGAGUGUCCCAAUCCAGAUAAAGACAUUAGAAGAUUUGAUGCAAAUCUGAGAUUGUUUCCUCCUUUUAUUGACAAUGACUUGUGCCCCUUAACCAUUAAUAACACGCUACUUCAGUCAUGUUACUUGCGGAAUACAGAGUGGGCAUGUGGAGUAGCUGUAUAUACAGGCAACGAAACCAAAUUGGGUAUGAGUAGAGGUAUAGCUGAACCAAAACUUACAGCUAUGGACGCAAUGAUUGACAAGUUAACAGGGGCAAUAUUUUUGUUCCAAAUAGUGGUUGUAAUUGUUUUAGGCAUAUCUGGUAAUGUCUGGAAGGAUAGCGAAGCACGAAAGCAAUGGUAUGUUGAAUAUCCAGUUGAAGCUCCCUGGUAUGAACUUCUGGUCAUUCCUCUGCGCUUCGAGCUUUUAUGUUCUAUCAUGAUCCCUAUAUCCAUAAAGGUAUCUCUAGAUCUCGUGAAGAGUUUAUAUGCGAAGUUUAUAGACUGGGACAAGGAGAUGUAUGAUCAAGAAACCAGCACUCCACCCCAUGCAACAAACACGGCGAUAAGUGAGGAUUUAGGACAAGUUGAGUACAUUUUGACUGAUAAAACUGGGACCCUAACUGAGAACAAGAUGAUUUUCAAAAGAUGCUGUAUUAGUGGCACAUUAUAUGGGAAUGAGAGUGCAGAUGCCUUAAAAGAUAUUGAGUUGCUGAAUGCUGUUGCAAAUAGUAACCCUGAUGUUAUUCGAUUCCUUACAGUCAUGGCAAUUUGCAAUACCGUAAUUCCUAUAAAAAGCAAAAGUGGGGAAAUCACUUAUAAGGCACAAUCACAGGACGAGGAUGCUCUUGUUAAUGCUGCUGCUCAUUUGCAUAUGGUUUUUGUCAACAAGAACUCAAACAUUCUAGAAAUCAAUUUUAAUGGCUCAAUCCUACAGUUUGAAGUACUGGAUACUCUAGAGUUCACAUCUGAUAGGAAGAGGAUGUCAGUCGUUGUAAAGGAUUGCAAGACUGGAAAGAUUAUCCUUUUGUCAAAAGGAGCAGAUGAAGCUAUUCUUCCUUGUGCAUCUUCUGGGCAAGCAAUAAGGAAUUUCGUUGAAGCCGUGGAACAGUAUUCUCAAUUAGGUCUGCGUACCUUAUGUUUGGCUUGGCGUGAGUUAGAGGAAGACGAAUAUAAUUCAUGGUCUUUGAUAUAUAAAGAGGCGAACAGUACUUUGACUGACAGAGAGUGGAGACAGGCUGAGGUUUGCCAAAGGUUGGAGCACGACCUUGAGAUCCUUGGUAUAACAGCAAUAGAGGAUAAACUACAGGAUGGGGUUCCCGAGACAAUUGAGACCCUUAGGAAGGCAGGUAUCAACUUUUGGAUGUCGACUGGUGAUAAGCAGAAUACAGCAAUACAAACUGCACUACUAUGCAAUUUCAUCUCCCCAGAACCAAGAGGCCAACUUCUGAUGAUUAAUGGGAAAACAGUAGAUGAAGUUUCCAGAAGCUUAGAGCGUGUGUUACUUACAAUGAGGAUAACUACUUCAGAGCCUAAGGAUGUCGCAUUUGUUGUUGAUGGAUGGGCUCUUGAAAUCGUUCUUAAGCACUAUAGAAAAGCGUUUACUGAAUUAGCAAUACUGUCUAGGACAGCCAUCUGCUGCCGUGUAACACCAUCACAAAAAGCCCAGCUUGUAGAGCUCCUGAAAUCAUGUGACUAUAGGACAUUGGCUAUUGGUGAUGGGGGAAAUGAUGUGAGGAUGAUACAACAGGCUGAUAUAGGAGUAGGAAUUAGUGGGAGAGAAGGAAUGCAAGCGGCUAGGGCUGCUGACUAUAGCAUCGGGAAGUUUAGGUUUCUUAAAAGAUUGAUACUUGUCCAUGGGCGGUACUCCUACAACCGAACGGCAUUUUUGUCCCAAUAUUCCUUUUACAAAUCAUUGUUGUUGUGCUUUAUUCAGAUCUUUUUUUCUUUCAUUUCAGGUAUCUCAGGAACCAGUUUAUUUAACUCAUUCAGUCUGAUGGCAUACAAUGUUUUCUACACUAGUGUCCCUGUCCUAGUCAGUGUGUUGGACAAAGAUCUUAGUGAAAAAACUGUGAUGCAUAACCCACAAAUUUUAUUUUAUUGCCAGGCUGGAAGGCUUUUAAAUCCAAGUACAUUUGCGGGAUGGUUUGGGCGUUCUCUAUUUCAUGCGCUUGUUGUCUUCUUGAUUAGUAUUCACGUUUAUGCCAAUGAAAAAAGUGAAACGGAAGAACUUUCGAUGGUCGCACUCUCUGGAUGUAUUUGGUUGCAGGCUUUUGUUGUAACAAUGGAGACAAACUCCUUCACAGUUUUGCAACAUCUUGCAAUAUGGGGUAACCUAGUUGGCUUCUACGUCAUCAACUUAAUCUUGAGUACCUUACCAUCUACUACAAUGUACACUAUCAUGUUCCGACUCUGUAGACAACCAUCUUACUGGAUAACAAUGUUUCUAGUAGUGGUGGCAGGAAUGGGUCCAGUGUUAGCUCUCAAGUACUUUCGAUAUACAUAUAGAUCAAGCGCAAUUAAUAUACUUCAACAAGCAGAGAGAAUGGGUGCAGGAACAAUCUUGAACCUAGGAAAUGUGGAACCACAAAUAAGACCAAUGGAGAAAGAAGUGAUCCCAUUGUCUAUAACUCAACCCAGAAUUAGAAACCCGGUAUACGAACCAUUACUCGCAGAUUCACCAACAGCUACACGAAGAUCACUAGGUGGUUUAGCUGUGCCAAAAACAACACCAUUUGAUUUUUUUCAGUCUUCUCAAUCCAGAUUAUCUUCUAGCUAUUCAAGCAACUGCAAAGACAAUUAACUCUUCACACACAAGUGAUUUUUGAAGUUGGAACGAAGCCGUCUAUAUCAAUCCAGUUUUUUUCUUCAUUUUGUACUUUAUAUUUUCCGGCGAUAUAUGCAAAGUAAAAAGUCUUCGUAGUUCUAUUGAGAUUGUACAUAUUUUAGUUUGUUUUUUUAUGCGAAAUGUUUAUAGUGGAAUCUGCGAUAGUUUUAUCCUGAACAUCUUAUGUAAUUUCUAGCUUCUGUCAACCAGUUCCAGGUAAACUGAUGAAUUACUGGAUCAAUAAAGCAAUAAUUUGGCCGA